AUGGUUUGCCUUCGUAAAAUUAUGAAUAAAAUCGAAGAUAUAACAUGUAAUCAAUUUAUGCAAUCUUCUGAAAUCAUUGAAGAAUUUAAAAAUUGUACGUUUCCUCUUGAAUUUCCUGUUAUUCCUGUACUCUUUGGUCAUGUACGAUUUUUAUAUGAUCCAAAAGAAAUUGUCAAUAUUAAUAUAACAUUACGUCUUAAACCUGAUUAUGUUUGUUACGAUGAACAAUUAUGUGAUUUUCUCACACCUACAUUUCGUCAUAAAAAUUUCACUUGUCGAUACGCAAAUCAAACAGACCUUGACUUGAAUGUCGAAUUAACUACAUGGAAAUCUAUCCUUAAUACUUGUGCGGCCAUGGAAAGAACAAUAGCAGACUUACAAGGAAUUAAUUUUAAUAAGAAAAUAACUGUUCUACUUUUACCUCGUUUUCUUGUUUCAUUAUUAUCAACAUGUGUUAAAGCAUCUCGACAUCCAUGGUUGUAUCUCUGCGGUGUCAAUCAACGAAUCAAUAGAAUUGCACAUGAUAGAAUUUUUACUCGUCAUUUACGUUUACUAGAAUAUUGUCGAAUCGAUGAUUCUUCCCUUCCAUUAUCAGAUCCAAUACUUGAUCGAUUUUGUUCAACAAUUUUACCUAAAAUUGGACAUCAAAUUGAAACUCUCUAUCUUGAAGGAACAUCGAUGGAACGUGUUCUUCAUGCUACAAAUUACCUUAAUUUAAAUAAUCUUGGUUUAUGUGAUAUUGACGACAAACUAGCUAGGUCUUUCUUUUCUGAUACAAAUCCUCUAAUUCAUGUAUUUAACAAUCAAAUUUCAUCACUCUUUAUCAAUUUUCUUAAUAAACAAAACGAUCCAUAUUCAAAGAGCAUUAUCUAUGCAUUUAUAUUUACAAAAAUUUGGACAAUAUUUACCAAUUUACGAUGCUUAGAAUUCAAUUCAUCUUCAUCUUUUCGUGACGGUGUAUUUAUUAGCAUUAUUUUACCUGAAACUGCUAUCUCGUCAACUUUAUUAGAACUACAUGUUGAUGUGUGUAAUAUGAUGGACUGUCUUGAGAUACUUGAUGAACGUUUUGAUCAACUUCGUAUACUUUUUAUUAACAUUUGUCAUAUUGAAACUUCAACUUUCAACAAAGAACGAAAUGAAAAAUUAUUACCAAAUUUGCGAAUUUUUUCUUUGUGUUGCAAUAAUGAGAUAUCAUUAGGUGCUUUUAAUGAAUCAAUUGUACCACUUCUACGUCGACUGAUACAUUUAGAAGAACUUGAUUUAAACAUUACAGUUCAGCAUUGUGAAAAAUUUAUUGAUGGUGAUAUAUUGAAGAAAGAUAUUAUGGUUCAUAUGCCACAAUUAUAUAAAUUCACAUUUAAUAUUUACUCAACCAUUACCUAUCAUUAUCAAACUAAUUUCCCAUUAUAUGAAUCUAUUGAAAAAACAUUUAAAUCUUUUUCUAAUAAUCAAAUAACUACUUGUAUUGAUCAUUGGGAAAGUGAUAGUCAAUGUCAUAUUUAUUCACAUCCAUAUCAUUGGAAAAUUUACCAUCAUAUAACAAAUAAUUUUCCGGAUGGGUUAUUUAAUAGUGUUACCCAAAUAUUAUUAUUUGAUGAAUAUCCAUUUGAACAUGAAUUUUUUCUUCGAAUUUCGAGAUCAUUUCCAUUUAUGAAACAAUUAACAAUAGUGAAUGGAAAAGCACAACAAAUCAAAUCAAAUAAUGAUAAUCAAAUAUUACCAAUUAUUGAAUAUUCCAAUCUUAUUCGACUGGAUCUUUCUUAUGUUCAUGAUGAUUAUGUUGAAUUAUUUUUAUUUAAUAUGAAAAUGUCUUUACCAAAUAAUCUUCAUCUUCGUAUUCAUUAUAAAUCAUUAGAAAGGGUAACACGGUGCUUUACAAGAUAUAUGACAGAAAAUAAACGUACAAAAAUUGCUGCUCUAUUGUUUAGUCCAAUGGAUCAAAUUGAUGAAUAUCAUAUCAAAAACUAUUUUCCUUAUACAUGUAUUCAUCGUACUUAUAGUUUUAUAUUAUCAAAAUAA